GUCACACUGUCACACUUCUCACGGCGUGCGGUAAGUAUCGCCGGCUAAGGAUUUUUCAGACGUUUUACGCUCUUUUCUUUACCUGGCUUUUAUUCCCCGUCUACCUACCUCGGGAAUGUACUGUAAACGUGACAUUUCAUGGGCCCGAUUAGCGGCCAGAACCGAGCGAGCGAGCUGGUUUAUGUGCGAACUAGCGGGUGUCCGACCAUCUGUCUGGCUAGAUGGCAUUAAAAUGACUGAUGAAAUGUGAGCAGGUGGUUUGCGUGCUCGUCUGGAGUGGCUCGUCUGGAGUGCUGCUUUCCAACUCCAGAUCGACCGUGUGUUGCUGUACUGCGGACGCGCAGCGUAGUACCGCGUUCAUCAAUGGAUUACUAGCCCACAUUCAGGCAAGAGACCUCCAGCCUUCGCCCGAGGCCCUGGAGCAGUCCGACGCCUACAAGCGGCGGCCGGCCCCGUCUCGGGCUCGGAGCGCCGAGAGGGUGAGGGAGGAGACCAAGGACCGCGUGGUGGCGAGCGGGGGCGACCCCGGGAACGCCCGGCUCGUGCCGAGCGAGAGCACGGUCCAGUUCGGGCAGUACCGGGGUCAGACAUUCAAAUGGCUGCUGACGCACGACGUGGGAUACGCCGUCAUGGUGUUGGCGGCCCGUCAACGGGAGUGUGAGGGUGGCGCCACUUCCAUGUACCCUGCCAUGGCGAACAAGGACGCCCUGGUCCAGUACGCGAGCGCCGGACCAGGAACGGGUCCUCCUCUCCUGGACGGGAGGACCAGCGUCUCGUGGCUUCGGGGAACACCAGAGCGUUUCGUAUGGGGACCUGUACGAGGCUACGUCCGGUGGAUCCGGCGCCAGAACGUGAGUCCUGCGAGCAAGAUGGAGGCGCUGCAAAAGUCCAUCCAGCGCAGAGACGCGAAGGAGAGCGGCCGUCCGCAGACGCGCUCCGCGACCGCCUCCCCAUCUGUGCCUGCUCGGGCACCGGCGCCCCACCUUUCAGGUGUCUCCGGCCGUCGGAGUUCCACAGCCAGCUGCUCCGCGUCGGAAGGCUCAGGUGCGCGGCCGGCGUCGGAAGGGUCCCGUGUUCGGCUGCUGUCCGUGGAACUCGCACGGCCGGAGACGACGCAGGAGCCUUCCGAUGCCGACCUGCUGGCGUGUCCGUGGAACUGGACACUGAAGGUGAGUUGUCCUGCCGAAUGGACUGAGUGA